AGUCUAUCGGAGCCUCUGCACUGCGCCGGUGUAUUCCAAGCUCUUUUCCAUCCAUUGCACUAUUUACUCGAUACCGACCCUCAUAUCGUCAAACACAUUUUGUGAAUUCACCCCGACUGCGAAGUGUUGUUACUGUGCCAGUGCGUAUUUAAUUUGUGAAUUUUCUUUAAAGCGUCGUAAUUCCGCGCUUACUGACGCCGGUUUUAUUUAUUCUUUUUCAACUACAGCAUUUCUAAAACACAUCACAAAGGAGAAAAUACUGCAAAUAUUUUCAACACUAAGGAUAAAUAUAUUUGUCCAACAUUCAAAUAACCAAGGAAUAUCAUUACUGCUACAUAAAAAAGGUUCAAAGCAUGAAGAAGAUACGAAGUUACACUAGUGGAUGGUGGAUGGUGUUAUUGAUAACUACGCUUGCUGCUCCGGUGCAGUCUGACGCCGGUGUCAGUAUCUACAAUGCAAAGUUGAAACAGAUAGUUACCUCUAGUACACUCAAAUGGACAACCUUGAAGAAUGAAGCCAUGGAAAAUUACGUUAUUGGUGCUGAAUCUUCGCAAGGGCCAAUUUACCUUUGUCGGUCACGACACGAGGGCGAUAUGCUCUUGGGUCAGUUACGACCCGAUUACAAAUCCUGUGCAGUUGCCGGAACUAAAAGCUACGAAAUGUUUGAAGUACUCGAAAAUAUUGAAAACGCAUCGCUUAUUAUAUGGAAGCCAUGGCUUAAAUAUCAUUCUAAACCUAGUGGAGCAGUAACAAUCGACUCUUCCCUUGACUCAGUUUUCAUUGGUCGGAUGAAAGCAGAUAGUACAUUUUCGCACUACAUUGGAAGAAUUAACUAUGAAAGUACUAUCGGUCAUUUAAUCACCUUUGAUGACCAGAACAAUGAACUCGUGGAGAACAGUGGUGAAAUACUGAUCGAAGUUGAACCUGUAAGUUAUAAAGUUGAAAACGUUCACAUGGACCAGGAGACUGAACACAUACGUCAAACUGAUCCCCAAGUAUUUGAAGAGCGGAUUUUAAGAAAUGAUGAUGAAACGGCAGCUACGGUUACGACAGAAAUAGAGUACAAAUAUAAUUAUAGCUUGUCCUGGGGCCACGGGCACGGAAUUGCUAUUGGUUUAAAUACAACCAUAGUGUUGGAAGACGGAACUGUAUUUCCACAAAUCGAAUGGGCUAACCCACACACGGAGGAGAGGAAAGAGCUUUAUAAAUUAGAGAAAUACCUUGAGCCUGGAACGGCAUGUAAUGUUACUUUUAGAGGUAAUUACACAAAUAAGGAUAUUCAAUAUAAUGGAAAAAUAAUAACUUUCUAUAAAGAUCAUGAGUCUCGAUCACGACCAAUGAAAGGAGAAAGAAUAGAGAAUACCGUAGAAGUGGAAGCGAUAUAUGGUGAAAUAUACUACGUUGCCAAUAAUACACUAGUGCCAACCACCACAACAACUACAACGACCACUACUACGACUACAACCACACCGCCACCACAGACUGCUCCUCCAGCACCAGAAGAAAAUGAUAUAGCCAGUCCUAUGAAGAAACCUGAUCCUGCAGACAUGGAUACUAACGAUAUGUUAGGUGAUAGUAGUGAAGGAAUAAUGAAGGCAGCUAAAGAGGACAAUAUAAGUCGUUCGGUAGUUGGCGGCCUGGGCAGUAAACCAAACACGGCAACUCCAACACGAAUGAUUACAGUGUCUUUAUUUAUCCCAGUAUUUGCGCUUAUACUUUAAACGUCAUGAACGCGAGGAUUGCAGUAUUUGUUGUACAUAGUUAAAGAAAAGAUCAUUGAAAUAGUUGCUUUGAAGUUUAUAUUGUAGUAUUUGUCAACUAAGCUUCAUGCUGUUGUUUUAUUGUAUAAGAUAAGGAAUUAUGUAUAUUUUACCCUUAUUUGGUAGGUGUGUAUAUAGUUUUUCUAGACAUUCCUGUUAAAUAACUUCAUUCCAGUGUGUAAAUUAUUGACCCAAGAUUAAACAGAUGAAUGUAAAUAAAUUUUGUAUAUAGUUAAGAUUGCGGAAGUCGCAGAGCGACGGGAUGACAUCUGAACGUCACAUAAUGUGUAAAAGUUGGUGGACAAACGAAUGGCAAAGAUUACGUCACUGUUACCACUACUACAUAUAUUAAACAUACAAAAUAACGAAAAUAGUUUUAAUUUUAUCACAUAUAUCAAGAAUAUCCAUGUGAUAUGAAAAAAUACUUUAUAUUAUAAAUGUUAAAAAUGAUAAAAAUGUUCAGCAAUUUAACUGUCGCAACGUAUUGUGCAGCAUUCAACAAAACAAUUUCCAAUACGACCUUUGGCAUGCACCUUUUCUAUUGUGUCACCUGUGAUGUUAAUACCUGAAAUACCUUCUGAAUCUUAAUUCUAGUAAACAGAUUUUGCGCUAUACACAACCGACUUACCAAGUAUAUCUCUCUAGUACCUCCAGUUAGUAGUUGUGUACUUUUUAAUCGUUAUUUUUAGUUUUAAGUUACAAAGAGUUUAAAUCCAGAAUUGAAAGAUAUUAUUAUUUUAAAGCUUUUAGGGUUAAUGAAUAUUUAUUUUGUUUUUAUCUAGUGUUUCUUUAGGUUAAGUUUACAAAAUGUACGGACACUGACUCGUAUUAAAUAAAAAUCAUAAAUUGUCAAACUUUGUUGAUUUUGCCAAAGUUAAAGUUAUACUUCUAACCAAUUUAAUGUAUAUCCCUCCGCAAAAGUUAUCACUAAUUAAUAAGAACCGUUUCAUCUAAAAAUAUCCUGACUGGUGUAUGGUAAAAAAAAUUAUAAUAAUGCUUAGCGAUGUUCAGUCAAUGUGUAAAAAUAAAUGAUAUUUUUGUAUGGGCAUACAAUGUAAGUUUUUGCUUUACAAAUAAGCUGUAGCCAUGUAACAAAUUCUUGUCGAUCAUCAGUUUAGUUAUUCGCUUAAAAAGUAUUUUCAGUAUUUUGUCACAAACUAGGGCUUAGUGUUUCCAUUGUAAUUUUAAAUUAAAAAAGAAGUCGCUUAAUGUAUCUUAUUAUGAAAGAUAAAUCCCACCUAGAAAUAUAUUUAUUAUAUAAGAUUUAGGUUUUACAACAAUGUGCAAAAUAAUAUUAAAAUCAAAUUUAUCUUCUGUUACUAUAUCUACAGUCAUAAAAUCACAAUAGAUUAGAACCGUCAGAGACCAACUUUUUCCAAAGUCAAUUUUUGCCUGCGUAAUAUUAUGUAAAAUUGACAAAUAUUUAUUCAUAAAUUUAUUCAAAAAUAUGUUUAAAUAACUAUUUGUAUAGAUAGUAUAUUAAUCCAAAAUGCAACUGCGGCCUCCACUUUUGAUGUAAGGUUUAUUAUUGCUUGUCUUUCCUGAUAGAUAUUGAAUCUAUCUAUCUGCCAUAAUGUUAAGGCAUUUGUUGUUGUAUAUCAAAUUUAACUUUAUAAAAUAAUGUGAAAAUAUAAAACUCUUUGACAUCAACAUUGUUUUGCGAAGCAUAAUUGUGAUGUUCCCAUGUAAGUUUGUUUUAAUUCAUUAAAGCGUAAUUG